GUGCGCGAUGACGUAACGCGCGGCCCCACCUCACCAGUUUGCAGCGCGUGAAGCUCCAAACUACCUCGAGUGGAGAAGCGAGUCAGCAGAGGAGUGAAAUAACCUCCAACAUUCAGGAGUUCACAACAGCAUGGAGGAGUCCGACCAAGGUACUCAGAGACCAGACUCCACUCCAGAAGUCGGUGAGGAUGCUGUAACCACAGUUGGACAGCCUGCCUCCAGCACUGCUCUUACUGAAGAGGAACAAGAGGAGUUACGCAAUGAACUGGCCAAGGUGGAGGAGGAGAUCCAGACACUCUCUCAAGUGCUGGCUUCGAAGGAGAAGCAUGUGGCAGAGAUCAAGCGGAAACUGGGCAUCACCCCGCUCAAUGAGCUCAGGCAGAACCUGAGUAAGAGCUGGCAGGAAGUCACUGCUUCCACCGCGUAUAGAAGAACCUCAGAGACGCUGUCACAGGCAGGACAGAAGGCCACAGCAGCAUUCACCAAUGUGGGCUCAGCCAUCAGUAGAAAGCUGGAGGAUGUCAGAUUACAGUCAUUUUCCAAUUCCUUUAGCAUACGAUCCAUACAGCAUUCAACUAGCAUGCCUGUGAUGAGGAAUACUCCCACCUUCAAGUCAUUUGAGGAGAAAGUGGACAACUUGAAGACCAAGAUGAGUCCCACACCAUCGACAAGCGAGCUUGGGGAUGUUUCAGAAAACUCUACACCUAAUGCAGAACCAGUGGUGCAGCAGCCAGUGGUGGAGCAGCCAGCGGGGAUGACCCUCCAGGACCCAGAACUACACUGAGGAACCACCGCUGACCUCACUCCGCUGAUUCUUAAUGGCAAACCUCUUCCUUUCAUGCUCCCUUUCUCUACUCCUCGCUUCUCUGUAUCAUGUGAUAACUGAAGACCAAAACAAAAGCUCCAUACCCUGGUUCUUUUUCUUCAAGUGCUUUAAACAGUCUGUUAGAGACAUUAUGUUUCUAGUAUAUAGUAUAUAGUUCACGCCAAGUGGUGAACAUAUAAAAUAUUUAGAGAGAAAUACUGUAUGAGGGACAUACAUAUAUAGCAGUUUUCUCAAAGCUCCUCUGCCUUUAUCACGGCAUGAGUUCACUGAGAUGUAGGUUCCAUUAGUUGCUAUAACAUCUUUCUGAAUUUUUGCAUGAGUCUUGAGCAUCUUUAAACCAUGCGUGGUAGCCCUACACUGGAGGAGAGCUUGAUGACUACUGUGCUUCACUGUCCAUCAAUGGAGAUGAAUAUUGACUUAUGAGUGGCAGCAUGUCUCUCAUGUCCCUCUAGCACUUCACACCAGCUGUGUGCCUGGCCUCUGAUUCCUGAUCCUCAGGCAGCAGUAACUGGUUACUUCACACCCACAUGCACAUGCACAAAUUAGGCUCAGCUGAUACUUUGGGGUCCGUGUUCUCUUUACUGGGUCAAGUAACUAGGGGGUGUGGGUCUACACUGCUGCCCUAGGCUGACAGAUGACCUUUUUUCGUAGUUCUGCUGUCAUAGAUGGACAGUGAAGCUGAUAUUUGAAGGUCAGACAUAUGUUUAUAUAGAUGCAUUUUCUUAUUAGAUUUCCUUCAAUGUUGCAAUUUGUAGGUACCAAAACUAGAAUAGCAUUUAAAGGUAAGGACCUCAGAGUCAACAAAGAGUCAAAAAGUGAAAAGAUGUUUUUAUUGUGCUGUGUGUUUACCAGAUUCUGACGUUUGUACAAAACAAAUGCCAAAAUUCUAGUGUGACAGCAUGAGCUUCUGGAACUUUGUAUAAACUUAGUUUUAUACAUAAGUUGGAACUUUGCCAGUAAAAUUACAUGUUUUAUCGAUUUUCUAAGUGAAAAUAAGUUCACAUCCUCUAUAGGGGAUGCACUGAAGUAUCAUUUUUGUAGAUUUUAGAAAACAGUUUCUAUCUAUGAAUUUAACAUAUUGGAAAAAAGCAUAAUAUUAAAUGUAAAAUGUAUAAAGUAGCUUUUACACAGGUUUGUGUUUUAUUUUUCCCUUAAUAUGUUAAAUUCAGCAGAUAAACUGUAAUGGUGCAUUAAAAUGUGCGCAAGUGUGUUCUCAUUAGAGGCUGUGUUAACUUAUCUUCCACUCAGAAAAUCAACAAAACAUGACAUUUGACCAGGGGCCAAAUUUUUGCAUAUGACUGUAUGUCCAGUCUGCUGGAUAAUGUUAUCUAAUGCUCCACAAAGGAUAUCCAUAGUUACAUAACAAAAAGAAAUAUGCUAAAAAACGUGUUAAAUAUGGAAUUGUUUACAUUUCAGUUUUGUAGAAAGAUAAAUAUGAACUAGUUGGCAACAUUAAAUGAGUUUCUAGCCAUCAUUUGCUUCCAAAGCUCCAGUAGUUGUUUAAGAACAACUAAGCUUUUCAAGAAGUCUUUAAUGUGUAUUGUUACUGUAAAAAAAAAUUGCUGCAAAAAUUCAUUUUUGGUAGAUCAGUCAUCUUACUUUGCUUGGAGUACACUCACCAAUGCUGGAGACUCUGUGUCAUUAAAGUCUUGUCAUUUUAUUUAACUAAAUGGUUGGGAAUUUGGAAGGUUGUGACAUUUCACUCCCACUGCUGCUGGCCUGUUAAGACUGAUGGUGUUUCAUAUAAGGUGUUCUAUCUCAGCGUUCAACUCACUUGUUCCAUGUAAUCAAAGGUCAGCAUAAAGCUGAAGGAGACCUGGCUCAGGUGUGUUUGAAGCUAGAAUAGAAGGAAUGUAUUUAUUGGCUGGUUGAUCCACAGCAGGGUUCUUCGGUUCUGGUCCCGGAGGGCCGGUGUCCAACACAGUUGAGCAGUUUCCCUGUUCAGUCAUACCUGAUUCAACAUAUCUGUUAAUUGCCAGGCUUACACCUCAGUACGUGUAUUUGAACAGGCAAAUUAGCAAACUGAACUGUAUAUCAGCCUAUCCAACCAGACACGAAGAACCCUGGUCUGCAGGAACUUCUCUGUUCUACUGUUAAACUUUUAGUGCUUCAUCAUGGUCAAAAAAUGCUACCCCAACAAAUCAAUACAAGGAUUGGCAAUCAAAAAGUAUAUUACAGCCAUAAUGUAAAAGCACUACACACAGUUAGGUUGCAAUGAUUUCUUGUCCCCCCCCCCCCCCUUUUGUGUUAGAUAUCUUGUCUAAUUUGUUCCUGUGAGGAGUUCUCAUUCAUUUUUAUUACAUUCCAACUAUAUUUUGUUCUAACAAAAAGACACUGUCAUGGAUUUUUUCAUGUUGUAAGUAGAAAUAUACAGAUGCAUAUUUUAAUAAAGUAUACAAUAAUAGUUAAGGUAAUAGAAGUAUAGGCUAACAGUAGUUAACGGCUUGAGUCAGCAGGUGUUUUUCUGUCAGUACACAAUAUUUGUGUAACACUAACGGCUUUUGCUUCAAAGCUGCUCUAUUGCACGGUGUUGCUUUAUCUGAAAUUAUAUUGUCAGAUUUGUUCUUUAAAAGCCCUUGUAUGGAGGCUGUAUGGAGGUGGUGGUUUUCUGAUGUUUUGUCUUGUUUUUUGUCUCAAGAUCUCAGUAAAUGCAACAGGAAUUAAAUUAGCCCAAGAAAUUCUCCUUUCUUUCAUGUUUGCAAUGCCUGACAAAAAAAUAAGUCCCAUUUCCACAAGACAGAGGAGAACACAAUUGCUGUUUUGUUUUUGCCUUUUCCUGUUUCUAGAAGCAGUGAGUCAAAUUGACUUUUUAUGUCAAGUUUUCAAUAUUAAGUCAAUAUUUUGUAAAAUAUGUAUUUUUAAGAUACUAAUUCAAUAUUCUAAAAAAUUCAUUUUGAGAUACUAAAUGAAUAAUUUGGAAAAUGAUUUUGACAUACUAAGGGCCAAUCCUAUUUCUUAUUUUUACCCUACCCCUUGUUUUUGAGUGUUACUUUGCCCCUUGGAACUGAGUAACAAGGGGAAGUGGUUGAAACCUUCCCCCCUUGAAAUGGGGAACCCUCAAAUAAAAAAUAAGAUUAAUUCAUUAACAGCUACUCGUGCUGCAAGUCUGAAGUGAUGGCAGAGGAGGGUAAAGUUCAGCAACAUCGUUAAAUUUAAGGUAUGGGGAGGGUGGUACUACCAUUAUUCAUUGUUGCCCACCCCUAAGUCUUCAGUGAAAUGAAAUUGAAGUGGAGCAGCAGCUCUGACGUCUCGGGCGCUAGAAUCUAGCCAGCUAGCUAAGGAGCCAUCAACAUACUACUAGCGAUUUUUAUGCUUGUUAUAAAGAAAGGGACCAUAGUACAUUAAAACGAUAAGAUGAAGAUAAAGACAAUGCAAUGUUUAUGGUAAUUUUAGUGGAGAAAAUACAUUUGUGGAUUUCUUUGGUCGCUUUGGCAGCCAUCUGGCCGUAUUAUUUUCUCAUUAACGCUCCGUUUGGAGGGCCACGUCUCAAAAAUCAGGACGCCUUCCCCUAGACGUGACCGCCCUGCACUGAGGGCUAAGGGCACAGUGGUAGGGGUGAGGGGUGAAAUGGGAUUUAGACUACGUCAAUAUUUUGACCCACUGCUGACAGAAAUGGAGGAGGGAAGCUGUUUUUCCCCCUCAUCUAUUUGGUGGCAAUGGCUUCCAUACUAAAAUUGCUUUAAAAUUGAAAAUUAAAUAUGAUGCAUUAUUUUACACUACUUAUGAGUAGCAUUUGGUGUGUUUGUUUAAUGAAAUUACUUAAGCUUCUGAAACUGUUACCCCUCCAAAGUUACAGUUCGGGUGUCCUGUGUCUUGUUUUCCUUUUUGCUCAUGGUCGACUGUGCAUUAAAACGGAAGGUUACCUUACACUGAAUAUGUUACACGGCUUUUAUUCGCGAUGUGCCUCUUUACAGUUUUCACUCGAGCUAGCUGAGAAACACUUGAUCUCAGACUGGCAAAAAGAACAGCUCAAACAUGCUCUUUGCUCAUUUGUAUGUCUGUUGCUAAAUAAAGCACAACAGUCCAAUCCUGA